AUGAUGAUGUUCGAUCUUCUUCCGGAGGAUUUGGUAGAAGAGAUACUAUCAAGGGUUCAGAGAAGAUGUCUAAGAGCAGUGAGAUCUACUUGCAAACGAUGGAACUGUUUAUCGAAAAAUCGGAUUCUAUGUAAGGGAGAAGCAAGACAAGAGUAUCUAGGAAUCAUGGUGAAAGAAUCGAAAGUAUUCUCAAAGAGUUAUGAUCUCCAUGGAAUCCAAAACAAAGAACACGUCGUUACACCAUCUAUAAAGCAAAUAAAAAAGUUUAGUAAACUUGAGAUAUCUCAAGUCUUUCAUUGUGAUGGCUUAUUGUUAUUGGUUGGUAAGGAGGUCAACAACAACACUAGGCUCAUAGUUUGGAACCCGUAUAUGAGCCAGAUUAGGUAUAUUCAACCUAGAACUAACUAUGACUUAUCAGACGUGUAUGCUUUGGGAUAUGACAACAAGGGUAACCACAAAAUCUUGAUGAUGAGUAGGUAUGGUUACGAAAUCUUUGAUUUUAAGUCUAAUUCGUGGAAGGUUCUUGAUGAUGUUCACCACUCGGAUAUAAUGUGUCAUGAUCAGAGCGUGUCAUUGAAGGGAAAUACUUACUUUUAUCGUCGGAAAGUGGAAGGAUUAAAAGUGAUAACAGGGACAAGAUUUUUUGUCUGUUUCGAUUUUACAAGGGAGAGAUUUGGACCGUGUUUUCCUUUACCAUCUAACUUUAAUGUUAAAGGUACUGUGUAUGUGACUCUAUCUUCUAUUAGAGAAGAACAGCUUGCGUCGUUAUGCAUACAUUGGUAUACAUAUACGGUGGAGAUACAAGUGACAACUAAGAUUGAGCAAAAUGAAGUACUGUGGAGAAAAUUCUUAACAGUCGAUAUUUCUGACUUUUAUUCGAAGAUCUUCACUGGGAGCUUUUUCAUCGACCAAGAGAAGAAACUGGCCGUGAUUUUCGCUAGAAGCAUAUUUAAAGGUUCCUUACAAAGUAUAGCUUACAUCACUGGAGAGAAUGGAUUGUUGAGACAAUUUAGUGCAAAUCAACCAAGGCCUAGAAGUAGAAGUAUCACCUAA